GGUUGAGGGGGAUGAAUUUGGCGCCUGUCUGAUUUUCAAUGGGUGUAAAAAGAAGAAAAAAAAUGACAAUCAAGUGGCUUAAAAUACUCCAUCAAGCCAACGUGUGUUUUGUAAAUCGGCAGAAAUUGACCAUGUGGCCGGACAGAAACGGUUCAUAAUAACCAUCCACUUGAAGCCUGAAGGAUGUGACUAGUCAUACAUAAAAGGCUCUCAUAGACAGACUCGGGACCUCCUAAAAUUUCACUCUUUAUAAAGACCGACUGGUCCUCAAUAAUUCAUUCAAUUUUCCUAUCUGCUCGAACCUCACAUUAUUUCUCAUACCAAAAUGGCUCAGAAGGUGGUCCUGAAAGUGCUAACCAUGACUGAUGACAAGACCAAGCAAAAAGCCAUAGAAGCUGCUGCAGAUAUCUUUGGGGUUGAUUCAAUCGCGGCGGAUCUAAAGGAUCAGAAGCUGACAGUGAUAGGACAGAUGGAUGCAGUGGCAGUGGUGAAGAAGUUGAAGAAAGUAGGCAAAGUGGACAUAGUAUCAGUUGGACCUGCCAAAGAAGAGAAGAAAGAAGAAAAGAAAGAGGAAAAGAAGGAAGAGAAAAAAGAGGAGAAGAAGGAAGAGAAGAAAGAGGAAAAGAAAGAAGAAAAUAAGGAAGAGAAAAAAUAAUAAUUAUAAAAAAAAACCCUUCAUCUAAACAAAUCAUGCUUGGUUCUCCUUGUAUGUGUGUUGUAGAAAUAAGCUUUUGAGAAUUGCAGGGGUAGAAUUUCUUGAAGUCCCUGUCUGAAAAAUAAGUUAAUUCAAGCACAAUUACUGAGCAAUGUGAAAGGGGUUUUGAUUUAGGAUAGUCGGCAUCAUAGCAGAGUAUAAUUAGACGGUUGAUUGAUAGAUGAGAUAAUGUAAUCUUUAGCUUCUAAUCAAAAUUAAUCUAUGCAGAUGAAGUGUCAGAGAUUCA